AAGCUUACAUUUCUGCCGUACGAUCACAAACACAUCUCGUUUCAGAGCCAUCGGGAAGCUUCUGCGCCUCCGUCGUUCUUCAUUUCUAGGGUUUCGAGCACCGCAUUAUUUCAGCUUCAUCAGCUUCAAUUUCAGUAGAGAUCUUUGGUUUUUUAGGGUUAUCUUCGUUUUCGGUGAGUUAUUGUUGGUGCUGUAUUAUGAGUUUGAAUUGCGCUGAAUUAAGCUUGUACGCGAAUUGAAGUUUGUUUCGGCCGGGGGAAAUUGGCUUUUUUUUUCAACCUAAGGAGGAUCUUUGCGGUAAGAUUAAGGUUUAUUCUUCGGACUAUGCUUUUUUCUCUCUUGUUUUUUCAAAACAUUUCGUUCUAAAUUAAGCUUAGGUUGGAGAAGUUGGUAAAGAUAAUUUUCGAUUUGAAAAAUUUGUAAUUCAUCGAGUAGAUUAAUCGAUUACAAAAUAUCUAAUUUGUACACGAAUUGUAUCUAUAAGGAUCGAAAUUUAAACACGAAACCCUAAUUUGAGAGAGAGAGAGAGAGAGUAAAUAUUUAAGUAUACACCCUGGUUAGAGUAUGCGAUCUUUUCAUUGUUAAGAGGAAAACGGGAGAGCAUCGAGGGAUUUGAUAUCGGAUCUGUGUGCGAGUUAAAUUGGUUUGUCAUGAACAUCCAGGGAUUUGCGGGAAAUAUUUGGUCUAGGAUUGGAUAUACAGCAUUUUGAUUGGGUCUAAAAGUGUUGGUAGCGACAUGGCAAAGAAGGAUAUGUUCCCUGAUGCUUAUUCUGGUGGGUUUCCUCCCAACGAUGAUUCUGAAGGAUCUGGCUGUUCUGGACGUGAUGAUAUGGAUAUAUCUGGUUAUGAGGACUCAAGUGGACAUAGGAAAAAAUGGAUCAAAUUAAGCUCUGCAUUGCAUGAUGGUUUUGGUGUACCUGUACAUGUUGUUCCUUUGUCAAAGCUGUCAUCCACAGAGAAAAAGAGGUGGUUAGUUCGAUUGAGAACAGAACUUGAUCAGCUCAGGACAUUUCAGAAGAAAAUGGAUGUGGACAAGGCUCUUAUUGUCACAAUGUCAUCUUCCAAUGAUAUACUUAGCUCUAGCAAUAUCCAAGCAGCACGCCAAGCAAACAUGAAGAGAUCGUCUGGCCCUGGGAAAAGAAUUGACCAGCAAAGUCAGAAGGCACGGGGUUUUAAUCGUGGUCUUAUGGGUAGAUUUCAAUCUGUCAACGAGUCUACUGAAGCAGGGACUUUCAGCCCACUAUUGAAGAAACAGUGUGAGAACUUGUUAAAGAAAUUGAUGUCUCAUCAGCAUGGCUGGGUGUUCAAUAAACCUGUUGAUGUAGUUGCAUUGAAAAUACCAGACUACUUCAAUGUUAUUAAGAAUCCCAUGGAUUUAGGAACGAUAAAAGAAAAACUUGGUUCAGGGAAAUAUUCAAGUCCACUUGAAUUUCUUGCUGACGUCAGACUUACCUUCUCCAACGCCAUGACAUACAAUCCUCCAGGAAAUCAUGUUCAUCUCAUGGCGGAUGUUCUUAGUAAAUUUUUUGAGCUAAGAUGGAAGCCUAUUGAAAAGAAACUCCCUGUGAAUGGCUCUAAACAACAUUCAUUUCAUGAGGAGAUUGAUUUGGUUAAGCCAAUUCCUCCUUCAAAGAAGAGGAAAAUUGCCUCAAUACAACAAGAACUGUUGCCAGAGCCAGUUAAGUUGGUGAUGACCAAUGAAGAAAAGCAUAAUUUAAGUAGGGAGUUGGAAGCUCAUCUGGGUGAUUUGCCAGAUAAUAUCAUUGACUUUUUGAGGGAACACAGCUCAAAUGGGAAUGAAGCUGGAGAGGAUGAAAUAGAAAUUGAUAUUGAUGAUCUCAACGAUGAUACCUUGUUCAAAUUACGCAAGAUGUUGGAUGACCACAUGCGAGAACAACGGAAUCAUGCAAAAGCUGAACCUUGUGUUAUUGAGCUGCUACAUGAAUCAGGGCUUAGCAACUCAACUAUGCAACUAUAUAGAGGGAAUGAUCCUGUGGACGAGGAUAUAGAUAUUGGUGGGAAUGAGCCCCCUGUUUCAAGCCAUACUCCAGUUGGAAAAGAAAGAGAAACAACCAAGAACAAUGACAUAGGGACGACAUCAAGAACUUCAAGUGAUACUAAUUCUAGAAAUGCUUCUGAAAAUGGACAAAACGAUGCUAAAGCUUCUAGUCCAUUAAAGGCAUCUCAGAACAAUAUUACUGGAGCAGAUUUGGAGGAGAAGGCAGGUACAAGCGAUCUAAUUGAUAAUCAGUCGGUCAGUGAGUUGGAUCAAGUGGAACACAUGUCCCAGCAGAAGCCGAACUCGGUUGAGUCAGAUAGCCAGAAGGAUGAUGGGGAUAGUGCUCCAAAUUCAAUGCUGGUUUCACCUGGGAAGUUGUAUCGGGCUGCUCUUUUGAAAAACCGAUUUGCCGAUACGAUUUUUAAGGCUCGAGAGAAGACACUCAACCAGGUUGAAAAGGGGGACCCUGAGAAGCUGCGCCGUGAGAAGGAGGAACUAGAAAAUCAGAAGAGGAAAGAAAAAGCUCGAUUGCAAGCAGCAGCAGAGGCGGCAGAAAAUGCUCGAAGGCAAGCUGAAGCAGAAGCUGCAUUGGAAACAAAGAGGAAGAGAGACCUCGAGAGGGAAGCCGCUCGGCAGGCAUUAUUGAAGAUGGAAAAGACGGUUGAAAUCGACGAGACUUCGCGGUUCAUUGAGGACUUGGAAAUGCUGAGGACCGUGAAUCCCGAGCAGUUGCCGAUGUCAGUAGACGAGACGAGCCCCGAUCACGAGUCACUGGAAGCGUUGGGCAGUUUCAAGUUCGGGGCCAGCAAUCCAUUGGAACAACUCGGGUUAUACAUCAAACGGGAUGAACACGAAGAGGACGACGGUGAGCUCGAGCCGUCUAGCGUCGUGCCGAGUGGGAUAAAUAUUGAUGUGGAAGAAGGAGAAAUCGAUUAAUCGAUGGUUGAAGUGGAUGAUAAUAUUUCUAAUAUGAACUAUUUAGUUAUAUGGUGUUAGAAUGUUAGCAUACGAUCCUUUAUGUAUAGAAUGGUUUCUGGCUAGUUAGCCUUCUUUGGAAAUUGGAAGUGGGAAAAAACCAAAAAAAGUGAAGAGAAAAUUAAAUGGUAAAAAAAUUUAUGAAAAAAAAAGAGAGAAGGAAUUUAUAGAAUUAUUUCAGGUGUGGAAGGCUUUGAUUUCAGCAAUACUUUUGUACCAUGUGAAUGUUUUAUUAUACAUUUUGCAAAAUGGGUGAUUUCAGUUCAGACU